AUGGCUUGCCGGAGAGGCUGCUGCUUCGSCGCGAUGAACGAUGAUAACGCGCGGUUCCUGAUGCUGGCGGUGCUGAUCAUGCUGUAUCUGCUGUGCGGCGCGGCGGUGUUCUCCGCGUUGGAACAACCGAAGGAGCGGCAGGCCAUAGAGCGGUGGGCGCAGCGCUUCGAGAACUUCACCCAUAAGCACAACCUCACCCGGACCGAUUUGGAGACCUUUCUCCGGCUCUACGAGGAGGCGAACGUCGCCGGUAUCCGCGUGGAUACACUCAGACCUCGCUGGGAUUUUACCGGCGCUUUUUACUUCGUGGGGACCGUUGUGUCGACCAUAGGAUUUGGCAUGACCACCCCGGCCACGGUCAGCGGCAAAGUCUUCCUCAUCUUCUACGGCCUGAUCGGCUGCGCCUCUACCAUCCUCUUCUUCAACCUCUUCCUGGAGCGUAUCAUCACCGUGCUCGCCUUCGUCCUCAAGUCGUGCCACGAGCUGCAGCGCCGGCGCCAGGGCGUCGUGCCCCACGAUGGCCGCAGGGAGGCGUCACUGCCAGGACCCAGAGAUAGAGACGGGGACAUUUUGGCUGGAUGGAAGCCUUCAGUGUACUAUGUGAUGCUAAUUCUCUGCGUGGCCGCUGUGGUGAUCUCCUGCUGUGCCUCUGCCAUGUAUUCGGCGGCAGAGGGCUGGGGAUAUCUGGAUUCGCUGUACUUCUGUUUUGUGGCGUUUAGCACCAUCGGGUUCGGGGACAUGGUGAGCAGCCAGAGGGUUUCGUAUGAUAGGAACCAGACAGCCUACAGACUGGGGAACUUCCUGUUUAUAUUGAUGGGUGUCUGCUGUAUCUACUCGCUGUUCAACGUCAUAUCUAUCGUCAUCAAGCAGACUCUUAACUGGCUGCUGAGAAAGCUGGGCAUUCUCUGCUGCCGCUGCUGCUCCGCCGGGAUCGGGAAGAGACUCCGGCCGCGCCGGAACGCCGUGAUGCCCACCAGCACUGGACACGGACACCCCCGGGCGCGGCGGACUGUCUCCAUAGAAACGGACGCAGUGAACGAGAGCGAGACGGAUGGAGGCCGGCGGAUGUCUGGGGAGAUGAUCUCCAUGAGGGACUUACUGGCGACCAAUAAGGUGAACCUGGCACUGAUGCAGAAGCAGCUGUCGGAGGCAGCAACUAAUGGGAUCCCUCGACCGUCCGUCUCCAACCAAAACAGACCAAAUGGAUUUUCUGGAGGAGUGGGGGCGCUGGGCAUCAUGAACAACAGGCUGGCUGAGACCAGUGUCGACAGAUGA